AUGUCGUUCCAUCCUGUGGGGCACCACUGGAUGUGUUCGUUCCACCUGAAAGCAGGAGCUCCAGGACACCCAGCUACCCCCAGUCUCCAUAGCCUUGCAGCAGCCUGGCCAUCAGUGGUAGGACAGCCACCUCCAGUGGCUGAAGCUCCCGCCGGCAGAGCGCAUCCCGCCACCUUCCCUCAGCCCCUCAGCCCGCUCCCGCCGCGGCACGGGCGACUCCCCCGGCGCCACCUCAGGCGGGCGCACCUCCCGCGGUGGGAGGUGUCGUCUCCGCCCGGCCCCGCCCGGCCCCGCCCGGCCCCGGGCGCUGGCGGACGGGCAGCGGUGGAGCGAGGGCGCCGCGGAGCGGCUCCGGGCGGCGCCGGCCUCGGGAGGGGCGCGCAGAGGCGGCCGCGGCCGGGCAGUGCCGGUGCUGCCGAGGCGCGGGGAGGCGCCGGCGGAGGCGAGGGCGGCCCCGCUGGGCCGGGGCGGCGGGCACGGAGCGCAGGGCGGCGGGCACGGAGCGCAGGGCUGCGGCCGCGGCUCGGGGAAGGACUCGUUUGCCUCCUCACCACCCCACACAGGCAUCAGGAGAAGCUGUCUCUCCAGCUGCCCUUGGCAGCUGUAAAGUGUGACUGUGGCCAACUGUCCUUUAUCCGUGUUGGCUCCCAGCCUGAGGUUCUGGAGUUUGGCUUGAAAGUCAAGCCAGUGCUGGAAGGGCUGACUGGGCAAACUCAGCAGCAAGCUUUGGGAGAGGUGGUGGAAAGAGCAGAGGUAGCCCACCUGCAGGCACACCCAGCCGUAGAGGAGGGAUGCCCAGCUCCGAACUUGCGGAGUUUUAGUGCUGUGAUCAACAGAAGAAGCAAUCCCAAGAAGAGGAGGAACAAGUCACAUAACUUCAUACGGUCAGAGCACCGCCUGAACUGGGCAGAUGUUUCCAGCCGGGGGUCUCCAGGGCCAGCCAGUGCCGCAGCGCUCAUCCCUCCAGACCUCUCCUCCUCCUCCUCAGCACAUCCUGUGCCUCACAUCCCAGGGCCCUUCUCUCCUAUCAGCCUGCACUGCCCAGUGCAGCCUCGCUACAGCAGCACCCAAUCCCUCCUUCUGCCUGGAAUCAGGACUUGGUGCUACUCCCUGAAGCCCAAGGUUGUACCCUGCCGAGGCAGGAACCUCAGAAGUUCAACAGGGGAAGUGCAAAUCCUGCCCCUUUGCAGGGAAAGAGAAGUGGGUGAGUGUGCAGAGCACUCAAAGUAGUAAAUAAAGGCCCAAAUGAUUAAUAUCAUUUAUUCGA